AUGUGGGUCAUCAGUGGACCGUUCGAUGAUGUCGAAGGUGAAGGCGAGAAGCACAAGUUGCUUAAACCGGGGAGGGAAUACACGCUCGGCCGGAAAGAUCAGGACUUGAUAGUUGCCAACAAGAAGGUGUCUUCGCGUCACUGCAGCUUCGCUGUUGGACCUAUGAGCAUACCAGACGUGAUGAAGCCCGAGUUUGUGCCGAGUCUGAUGAUGACGAACGACCGGGCGAAGAUCGUUACGGUCGAUCGUGCUGAUACUAUCACCGGGAAAAUCGAGGCAGUUGUGGUCAACGGGAACACCGAUAUUUCUCUUCAACACGGGGAUGUGGUGAGAAUUGUGCAAGGCAUACGAUUAACCGUGAAGUGGCACGAACUAACAUGUUACUCCGCAUCUUAUUCGCGUCCUCAAGAGCCCAAAUUUCUGGAAAAAUGCGCAAAAAUUGGCGUACAUCUAACCACAUCUCCCAUGCCUUCGACGACCCAUUUCGUUACUGCCAAGCUAUCCCCCUCCUUACUCACCGCAACCGCACUCCUCACAUUAACGAAGUUUGUCAAACCCGAGUGGCUUGCAGAGGUCGUCGCGCUCGGAAAGAUGGAGGAGGGACAGACUCGAUCCUCCUUGGAGAAGCAAUUCACACUUCCGGACGAGAAACUUCCCAAAUAUCGACCUUCCCUCCCGUCGGUUGACUCUCUGCCGGUCUGCCUCCAAGACAGCGUUUCCGCGAACAAGAUCAGGCAAUGGUCUACCUGGGAUCCUGACCACGAUCGAAACUUCGAUCGCUUUCAAGACUUCUUCUCGGAUAUCCGUUUCGUCAUCGUCACGCAUGAGCAAGAGGUCAAAGAAAAUGUGAGGGAUCUGAUCCUCCGCGGAAAGGGCCAUUACGAAGGCUUCGCACUGGAAUGGGGUCGGACGAGGUUUCAUCGCGUAUUGGUCAAGCACUCCUCCACGGAGAAGAAGUUAGUGCUCAUCCGGCACGAUGUGGACGAGGAUGAUCCCGGCCUCGUUGACCUCGCGGAAGAAGCCAAAAGCUUCGACUUGCGCUUCCUCACGCUGGACCAUGUAUUCAGAGCCAUCUUACUCGUUGAUGCGAAUCAGCUGCAUUCUGACCUAUCGGACGAAGGACAGGAGGCGGCGAUGCCCACAUCCUCUCCCAUCCCUUCCAUCAUUCCUCCGACGCAUCCGACCCAGCAGAAAUCGCGAUCCACGAGUCCGGUCGACGCACAGGCUCACGAUGACGUCGCACAAUCGCAACAUGCCGAAUCUUCGCAUGCCCCUGCGGGUCCUGUUGCCCGACGGCCAUUGAAACGCCGAGCUCCUUCGCGAGAGGCCUCUGAAGCCCCUCCCGCGGUCACUGCGACAGCCAGUUCAGCUACCGUACCAGACGCAGCCUGGGGCGGUUCUGACGCGGAAGUCGAGGUCAGACCUAAACGAACAUUGGUUAGGCGAGCGAAAGCUGCCAAGCCCAUGAUCGUUGGCGUUGAUGAUCCUUCCCAUAUCAUUGACGAAGAUAUGUCUCAGCCUACUGCCCGGAAUACGGAGAAGGUCGAGCCUCCAACGCCAGCUCGAUCAGGACGUUUGAAGCGUCGGGUGGGGACCUCGGCUGCGGCUCUCCUUGUCAACUCGGACGACAUCCCGACUGUCAGCAUGGAACCGGAGGAGGAGCCGCCUCUGAAGCGGUUCAAAGCCCUUUUCGAAGAGAGCGCGCGACCGGACGCGGUCGACGAAGAUCCGGACGCGAUGUUUGCCAGUAUCGCUCAGCAGACGCAGAGCUACACCCAGCCCGAGUCGAGGAUGACAGACUAUGGCACCCGAUCUGGCGCGGUCUCUAGUCUCGCUGCAGUGCCGGAAGAAGAGGAGGAGAGCCAGAUGACGGACAGAUUCUCUGUGCCAAGGGCAGGCAAGAGGAAGGCGCCGGAACAGAAUGGCGAAGACGUUGAUAUGGACGGCCCACCUGCCAAGAGACGGACCGUGGACCAGCCUCAACCGCCUGCCUUUCAACAUGCAAGUGCAGUCGUCAAUCCUACUUCCAAGCCGCCGUCGUCUCGAAAACCAUUGUCUACUUUCUCGUCGAGGUCGGCAGCGGAUGUCCCUGCAGCAGGGACCUCGAAACCAUCCUCAAAGACCGCAGCAGCGACAAGUAAGCCCGACCAGGAUCCCGCGUUCCUCAAAGCCCUGGCGACCAAGAAAAAGGGCAAGAAGAACGAAGACCAAUUUGACCGCGAAUUUAACAACUUGCGGAUAGCUGUGCCCGAUGCCGCAGAGGAAGAACGUGAGGAGGAUUGGAACGUUCUCGCCGAUUUCGGCGAUGACUCGGGCAUGCGGGGUAAUUUCAUGGUCGUCGUCGAGAUGGAGCCCUUCCGGCCCCAAGCGUCAUCCGCCACAAGGCGCGUCGGAACGAGACCAGAAUGGGAAGGUCGACCAGACUUCAAGAAGUUCAAGAAGAAAACGAAAGCCGGCAGGCAGCAGCCUGUCCCCCUGUUCGUCGAUGAUGACUCCUAUGAUGCUGUCUGGGGUCGAAAUACCCAAUCGUCACAAUCACAACGGUUAACCCAGCCGCGACGUGAACCAGCAUCGCAGCGGCCGUUGCGUCAACCCGAACAAUCAUUCGACGAAGCACCAGCACUGACCCCGGUCGUCGAGUCCGAGGACGAGGGACACAUACCGCCCAAACCCUCCUCGCGGGCGAAGAGCGCUGGCUCUGCUCCGCCGAGACGAACCGCGAACCGUCGGCCAUCCCCAACGCCACAACCGCUCUUCCUCGAUUCAGACGGAGAGGCUGAUCCCACAACAGGCCGUCGUGGCGACGAUGCCGUUGACGAGGAGCCGGCCCACCAUGGUACCGGAGAGACACUGACCCUGCGAUCGAGCGGUAAAGCUGCGACACAAACUCGAGCCUCGACGAGGCGAUCCGCGGCGAAAAAGGCACCCACGGUGACCAUCUUGGAUGACGAUUCCGACGACGGAUCAACGUUCAAAGGGUUUGGAAAGCGCAAACGGAGAUGA